GAUAAAGUCAGGGAGAUCCUGCAGAAUAUGGUGUAUGCUCUAACAAGUGAGAGGUAUCAAAAGAGCUUUGAAGAACUCCAAGAGCAUGCAUCAGAGAAAUUCCUGAACUAUUUUGAGGAAAACUGGCAGAAUUACGGGUCGGCUUGGUCUUGUUUUGAGCGGCUCAAUUCUUUAAACCUUGGUCAGAGAACCAACAAUUCCGUGGAAUCCCACAACCAAAAAAUUAAGACUUUGUUGAGUAAAAGAAGCAGUUUGGCUGAGUUGGUAAAGGGGCUCUUGGUGUUGCAAGUAAGUAGUGAUUCGGUGACGAACUACAAAGAUUUCCUUGGUAUCAUGAAGGUGUCAUACCGAACCGAUACAAAAGACCCCAUAGUGAAAAAAAAUUUGGCGUCUGCUACAUCAUUUGCUGCGGAGUGUAUCCGGAUAGAAUAUGAAGAGGGGCGGAAACGGUUGGGCUUACCAGAGAAUAUCAAUUUUAGGAACUGGAAGCCAUCCGAAAAUAAAUGCCCCUGCCCAAUUUAUUGUGAGCGACGCCUACCCUGCCGCCACAUGUUUACCCUUCGCCUUUUAAAAGGUGUAGAUGUUUUCUCGCCUGCAGACGUGCCAGCAAGAUGGCAGAAGCUAACAGUAGAGGGAUUUCGAGAAAGAAUUGAUGAACCUCCUGCCUCAUCAUACAUUCCUGAAGGUUUCAUUGGCACUGAAGUGCUCAAGACAGGAGGGAAACCGCUUAGCCAGAAUCAAAGAUAUAAGCAGGCCUCUGAGUUAGCCUUGGAAGCCGCCCAACUAAUUGCACUCCAUGGUGGCAAAGAUUAUGCUAAAAAGAUGAAGAUCUUAGACCAAAUGAUGAAAAUCUGGCGUCGAGGCAAAGAUGUUGUUAUUUUGGAAGCUGUAGGAGACAGUGAGGGUGGCGGUCUUAUUGUUGAAAUCAGUUCUGAUGUUGCUUCAAGUGAGAAUGAUAAGCCUCCUAAUGUUCCUGAUACAUCUGAUGGUUCCGUCAAUGACAACUUACAGAAGCCCAGUGUUGUGAAUCACGAUGCAUCCUUUGAAACUGAGAAUCACUGCAGUGCUGAUGAUGGAACCGGUGACAUUGAUGUGCAUGUGAAUUCUGAUUUUGGAGAAAGCAUUCCUACUAAUGCGCACUUGGAUACUGCAGACCCCAAAAAUUGCAACGCCCAGACGAAUAAAGCGAUUAAGGAAGUUCUAGGAGUGUCUCAAAAUAGGAAAUACUAUCCUUUGUCAAAGGAUAUGUUAAACCAAAUGGAAGUGCCCAAAAGUUUAAAAAUUAGAGGUAGACCUAAGGGUCGCGUUUUGACUAAGAUUGGUCUAAGAAAAACAAGUAAAGAGAAAGUUGAGUGUCAUGUCUGCUCUGAGAUGGGAAGGUGGAAAGAGUCACGAAUGAAUGUGCAUGGUGAAACCAAGCUCAUGUUAUUGUGUCCCUCCUGUUUAAUGGUGUUUGAAAGUAAUAUAGUUCCCAAUGAAGAUGGUAUAAUUGAGGAAUUUGAUUCGGAAGAGGAUGAUAAUUUUGAAAAUGCAUGCUCUGAUGCUCAAAACAGUCCUGCAAGAGCCGCUCCAUCAGAGAAGCAGGACCCAGAUAUAAUUUGCAUUUCAUCAGAUGAUGAGGAUCAAACAGCACAUCAAAUGCAUACUGCAGUCUCAGAUGUAAAGAUGGAAGUUGAGACUGAUGCAGACUUAUCUGACGUGUCGAUGGCACCACAGUCACGGGGUCUGUCAGAGUCAAAUUCAACUGGACUUGGGGAAACUGAAUCAUUUAACUCACUACAGCCAACUAAUCCAUCAAUCACAACAAAUUCAACAGGGGAAAAUGAUUAUGAUAAAGAGUUGGCUGAAUUGUGGACAGUAAUACAGUCAAAUGAGCGAUUGAACAUGCCAAAUACAAGAAAGUGCGAUACAUACAUUCCCAAAUGCAAUUGUGGCAAUUUUUGUGAAAGGCGGACAUCCGAGAGGCCUGGAGGACCCAACUUUGGGAGAGACUUCUUCAGAUGUCCUAUUCAGUGCCCAAAGAAAAUAUUCCGUUGGGUUGACACACUUUACAACGUUGCUGGAUCAUCAGGAACCCUCCCGCCCAAAACCCCCACCAAAAAGAACUCCUCCAAAUCUCUCAGAAAAACCCCAACCAAAACACCCUCCAAAUCUCAGUCUAAAACUCCCUCCAAAUCUCAGUAUAAGACACCCACCAAAUCCCAGCCUAAAACUGCACGUAAAACUGUUUCUAAGAAUCCACUGAAAAUUAUUUGCCAAAACCCCUCACAAACUGCCUGCAUGUGAAUUUUCUCUGUAGCAUUCCACUUGGUAAUCUGUUCAAUUUGUUUCAUGUCUGUCUUUUUAAUUUCAGAUCAAAAUGACGUAUGCUUCUGUGGAGUUCCUGUAGUAAAGAGGAAGGUUUAUUUUGGUGAUCAUGUUGGGAAAAUGGUCAGCAUUUGUGGAAAAGAUCCAGUUGUUUGCACAUUUAAAAACUACACUGAGAAGCCAGCUGCUACGUCUGGAUUUAUUGUUCCUCCUUUAGAACAAAGACAGAAUGUGUCUGUUCGAAGAAAAAUAGGUUCUUAGGUUCUAAUCCUUAAAAAGGAUGCCAUCAGUCCUUUUGAGGACUCUUUCAGUCCUUCUCAGGACUCAAAACUGUUCUUUUGAGAAUACUAGUUCUUCAAUGAACUUGGUAAAUUUUGGGCCCCGAUGUGUCAGAAGAGGUAUCCAAAAGACCUAAACGGGACGUCCAGAUGCCAGCCCGCAUCAGGACCUCCUACUUAUUUGAUACUCCCACUUAACACGUUCUUUGUUGUUUUUUAUUCCCUGUACAAUCAUACUUGGUGUUUUGAGAUUCAAUACUGUACUUUAUGCUACCUGCGGUGAACUAGUCUUUUAAUACUUUUGAUACCCCACCUUAAAACGUUCUUUGUUGUUUUUUUAUUCCCUGUACAAUCGUACUUGGUGUUUUGAGAUUCAAUAUUGUACUUUAUGCUACCUGCGGUUAAUUAGUCUUUUAAUACUUUUGAUA